AUGUCGGAGAUGCAACAGCUCAUCCAAGCGUUGCAAUCUCAAACCCAGCAGCUGCUGCAACAGCAGCAGGAGUCCCACGAGCAGAGGAUACAAGUGAUGCAGCAAGCACUGACUGCGCAGCAUCAGCAUUUCACGCAAGCGCUAGGCAAGUUGAGUUCCUCUGGUGAGCAAAGACUGGGUAGCCUUGUAGACGUUCGCGGUGUUGGGCAGCCUGAAAAGUUGACGGACAAAGUAGCUGAAAAAGAUUUCAGGGUUUGGAAGCUCAAGUACGUCAACUGGGUGCAAACCGCAUUCAAGUCGGCCGAAAAGUUGCUGACGGAUGUUCUUGACGACGAAACCUCAGUUGUAGAUGCUGCACGUUUUCAGAGUUUGACCAGCAAACAUCCGGAUGCUGAGCGGAUAUCUGCCCAUUUGAAUGCAACUCUUCUCUCCGUUUGUGAAGGUAAAGCUUUUGCUGUUGUAGAGAAGAGUUUCAAAGGGCCGAGUGCUGGUUUGGACGCGUUUCGUCGCUUGUGUCAUCGGUUUGAUCCCCAGUCAGAGGAGACAGAUCUUUCUUUGCUAACGCAGAUAGUGAACCUGGGUCCUUUCUCCAGCACUAACCCUACGGAGAUUCUUGCCGAGUUGGAGCGUAGGGAAGAAAUGAUGACCAAGCACGAAACACGCACGUUAGACACACUGUCUGAUGGCUUCAAGCGCGUGAUGCUGUUGAAGAUGUUGGUAGAUCCCUUGAAGACACACAUGCAGUUGAACUUGAAAAGUUUCGACACGUAUGAAAAGGCACGUGCGGAGGUUGUGCACUUUCUUGAACUGCAAGCUCAGACCCAACUAGCGUCGCAGUCCUCGCAGUCGCUUUCUUCAUCCUCCACAGGGCCCGUGCCUAUGGACAUCGGUAGUCUCGCACAGCUUGGUGUCAAGUCUGUUGAGGAGUUGAGCUCUUUGCUUGCUUCCUUUUCCAAAGGAAAAGGAAAAGGUGCUCCGAACCCACAUGGCAAGACUCCUAGUGGCAAAGGGAAGUCUCAGAAGUUUCCUGGUAACUGCAACUUCUGUCAUCGACAAGGCCACAAGGAGGCUGACUGUUGGGACAAGUACCCUGACAAAGCACCCAAAAGCAAAGGCAAGUCUAAGUCUAAAUCUAAGUCUGCGAAGGGCAAGGACAAGAGCUUGAACACGUUGGAUGAGUCCCCUCAGCAGCAAGAGCCGGUUGAAGCUGGCGGUUUUGAAGUAGACCUCGCGCACGUGGAUGGUGACCAUCAGUUUGUUGCUUCCCAGUCCUGGCACACUGUUCAGCAAGGUUGGUCGCGCGUGGAGCUCACUGUUGAUUCCGGAGCCGGGUCUACUGCAAUUCCGCCAUGCAUUGCGCCGAAAGAGCCUGUCCAAGUGAGUGAGACGAGCAAGCUUGGUCGGCAGUUUAAAACUGCAACUGGCCACACGGUUUCGGACCAAGGCUGUAAGAAGCUAAGGGCAUUCACGGACUCUGGGGUAGCUGUUUCGUUUUCUUCCGCAGUGGCCGAUAUACACAAACCGCUGCUUGCUGUGUCGGAUGUUUGUAGCAAAGGUGGCAUCUGUCACUUCGAGGAAGGGAACAGCUACAUCCAACCAAAGGGUUGUGGGAAGAUCUGGAUGGAAGAGACGAAGGGUCUUUACAAAGUUGGCGUGUGGCUGUCACCUUCCAGUGGCGGAGUCGCAAGCGUGGUUCCUUUAGCCCCCUUUAGUGAAGGGUUUCCGGAGGCAGGUGGUGUCUUGGGGCACGACACUGUAAGUCCUCAAGACGACGAGCACGGAGAUUCGGAGCAUGCUGAAGCGCAAGCUGCUACAACUCCCAAAUCUCCAGUUCUGCCCUCGGACUCGGAAGUCCGAGAGCAUUGUCUCACUCAUUUGCCUUUUCGUCCUUGGUGCCGCCAUUGCAUCCGGGGCAAAGCUCCAGCUUUGGCGCACAAAGAGCCUUCAAAUACGGAGUACACCAAGCCGUUGGUGGCCAUUGACUAUUGCUUUUUGAGCAGCAGCGAGGGAAACGCGAGCGAAAGUCCUGUGAUGGUUGUCAAAUCCAAGCCCGACCUGGCUGUCUUUGCGCGCUUAGUUCCCUCAAAAGGCUGUGUGCAUGAGUACAGUGUUCAAGCACUUGCUGACAUUUUCCGUGUGCUAGGCUAUCGCGAGUUUACACUCAAGACAGAUGGCGAGCCUUCCUUGGUGGCAUUAGCUCGUGCAGCAGUUGCCUUGCUUCCUGUUGAAGUCAAAGUUACCUUUGAGCACAGUCCCGUUGAAGAGAGCGAGGCCAACGGUUUUGUGGAGCGUGCCUGUAGAAGCGUGCAGGAACAAGCCCGCACAUUGCUGAGUAUGUUGCACGAACGUUUGCAGUGCGAGUUCCCGGCGAACCAUGCCAUUUUUCCUUGGUUAGUUCGGCAUGCGUCGUGGUUGUUGCAUCAUUUUCACAGAACGGCAUCUGGAAGGACUGCCUAUCAGAACUUGAGAGGCAGACCCUGGCGAGAGCCAGUUUUUGAAUUUGGUGCUGCAAUAGUGUUUAAACUGAAAGCUGUAGCUGGCAAACUCGCGCCAAGAUGGUCAGAGGGAUGCUACCUUGGCACUUCCGACCUGACCACCGAACGAUUUGUUUUGUGUUUUGAGACCAUGAAAGUAGUCAAAGUGUGGAGCGUAAGAGCUUCACGCGAGACUCAGUUGUGGCCCCACAAAGAGAAGCUUUUGUCCAUGAGGGCUACACCGUGGGGGUUGAACGCCGAAGGCGGUGAAGCCCCGCAAGUUGUUGUUCCUGAAAUGCCUCCACAAGGUCUGCCAGUGCCGUUCGUGGUUAAUGCCCACCGUGCUCCCAGGAGGGCAGCCAUCCGUAUGUCUGACGCCUUAAAGUUCGGUUUCACUCCACUUUGCGAUGGGUGUGAUAAGUUAAGGCGUGGCCUCUAUGGCAAGCAUAGUGAGGAGUGUAGGGCCAGGUUUGAAGCAGCAUGGAAAGCCAGCGGAGAUGAAGAACUGGUUUCCAAAGUCACUUCUGCAGACGGAAGACGUGACAAAUGGCUGGCCCGACAGGUGGAGAAGUAUGACGAGGAACAGAAAGCCGUGAAGCGAGCCAGAUUGGAGCAACAACCUGGUGAUGUGGCAGUGGCAGCUGAGUCAAGUGCAGCAGUGGACUCUGCUCAGGAGGCAAGGUCCCCAUCAUCCAAACGGCCUGCCGAGCAGCCGCCUGAAGCCAUGGAUGAGAGACGGACUGCAGAACCUGAGAGCUUGGGUCCGGAAGCUCAGACAGCGAUGACGGAUUCUUUCGAGAGCAUGCUGCAAGAGGCCAUCCUGAGUCAUCGGAGCGAAGUAUUCUCAAUGGAUGCUGCGGUUCAGGAGCCCAUUUGCGAUGAACCCAGUUUGUGUGAACAGAGUCAUAGCAAAGAUUGCUGGGACGAGUACUUCGAUGACGUCAGUGGCUUAGGACUCAACUCUCGCUUGGUAGAGAUUGCGAAAAAGGAGGAGCUGCGCAUAGCUGACGAGAUGGGCUUGUGGACGCCUGUUCUGAGGUCAGAACUGCCAAGUGGGACCAAAGUCAUACCUACAAGGUGGGUGCUGGUCAACAAAGGUGAUUCCAAAUCGCCCAGUUACCGCGCCAGGACUGUGGCGAAAGAAGUUAAGGGACACAAGCCAUCUGAGGUUGGUUUCUAUGCGUCGACGCCGCCAACAGAAAGCUUGCGAGCACUCAUUGCUGUAGCCUCUACUAACCCGGAGUAUGUCAUGGAUUUCGUUGAUAUUAGCCGUGCACAUUGGUGCGCAGACGCCACCAGGUAUGUUGUCGUAGAGCUGCCGCCCGAAAUGGAAAUGCCUGAACAUGUCGCUGUUUUGAAGAAGAGUAUGUAUGGCACAAGAGAUGCGGCCCACAACUGGGAGCAACAGUAUACCAAGGUGCUUCUCUCACUUGGGUUUUUACAGGGGCGCGCAUCCAGUUGCUUGUUUUAUCAUCCGCACAAAGACAUUCGACUUGAAGUUCACGGUGAUGACUUCGUGUCUGUGGCGAGAGCUCUAGACAUCAAGUGGCUGCAUGAGCGUUUUCGAGAAAUGUGGAAGUGCAAGUUUUGCGCGACACUUUCAAGUCCAGGACAAAGUGUUCGAAUCCUUGGCCGCUUGCUGUCUCGUGAGAAUUCUGGCUACUCCCUAGAAGCGGAUCCUCGUCACGCAGAGAUCUUGAUCAGCAGCUUGGGCCUGAAGAAUGCCAAAGGCUUGAGCACGCCAGGCGUGAAGCUGCAACCCGAAGAGCAAGCAGAGCUGACGCAGAAGCGGCUCUCACCUGCAGAUACCACUCUGUUCAGGUCUUGUGUCACGAGAGCAGCCUAUAUGUGUUCUGAAAGGCCUGACUGCCAGUACUGUGUGAAGGAACUCGCUCGCGAAAUGUCAUCCCCGACAGAAGCAUCAAUGAGAAGAUUGCGCAGGCUUGGUCGUUACUUGAUCUCGCAUCGCCGUAUGCUCUUGUGGUUCGAAUGGCAAGACAUGCCAAGAGACCUGGUUGCAGAGGUUGAUGCUGAUUUCGCAGGGUGUGGCAAGACUCGGAAAUCCACUAGUGGUGGUGCCGUGUUUUUCGGAAGUAGCCCUUUGAGAAGCUACUCUUCGAACCAAGCGGUGAUCGCCUUGUCAACUGGAGAAUCCGAGUUUUACGGCAUGCUGAAGGGAUGCAGUCAAGCCAUGGGUUUGAGAAGUCUCUUCGCAGAUAUCGGCGUUGAAGUCGGUAUCCGAUUGUGCACAGACAGCUCUGCCGGGAAGGCGUUGGCAGAAAAGAAGGGACUGGGCCGGGCGAAGCAUCUGGAGACCCAGUAUCUUUGGUUGCAGGACAGAGUAGCCAACAAAGAUGUAAAAGUGUUUAAAAUAUGUACAGAUGUGAACAGGGCUGACAUGUUCACAAAGCAUUUGCAUGAAGCUCGCGCUUCUGCGUUGUUGUCGGCCAUGAACUGUCGGUUCUCGACAGGCAAGCACUCACUUGCGUUGGCUGUGACUUGA